AUGGCUCAACGCUUCUCACAAUAUUCCUAUCUCGUCUUUGACUUGGGCGACGUCCUUUUCCAAUGGUCCUCAGUAACCAAGACCUCGAUAUCCUCCAAGACGUUGAGAGCGAUGAUGACCACCGACAUUUGGUAUGAUUACGAGUGCGGACGGCUAUCGCAGGAAGAGUGCUAUAGUCGACUGGCACAACGUCAUGCGGUUCGCGCAGAGGACAUCAACGAAGCCCUCCUGCAAGCGAAGGACUCCCUAACAGCCGACUAUGAUCUCGUCAACUUCAUCCGACAACUCAAACAAUCAAGUCCCCAUCUCCGUAUAUUUGCGCUAUCAAACGUCUCCCGCCCUGACUUUGAUGUCCUGCGCCUCAAACCCGCCGACUGGGGUGUAUUUGAGCAGGUCUUUAUCUCUGGAGAUAUCGGCGAGCGGAAACCCAAUCUGGGCGCCUACCGUCAUGUCAUCUCCGCCACUGGCCUCGAUCCUCACCGCGCCAUCUUCGUUGACGACAAGCUCGAGAACAUCUUCUCAGCAGAGUCUCUUGGAUUCACCGGCAUUCAGUUUGACAACAAGGUGAACGUCAAGCGCAAGCUCCUCAACCUUCUCUGCGACCCCGUCUCAAGAGGCAACAACUUCCUCAAGGCAAACGCUGGCAAGCUUGACUCGUACCUUGGCAAGUCGAUGGACGACGCCAUUGUUAUCAACGAAAAUUUUGCGCAACUACUGAUUCUGGAGGCCACCAACGACCGAUCGCUAGUUCGAAUUGUGGAGUCUAAAAAUGAGAUGGGUCUCUGGAAUUACUUCCAUGACCGCAAGUGCGUAGUUGGAAAGGACGAGUUCCCUUACGAUUUGGAUACGACCUCCAUGGCCCACACCCUCAUGAAGGGCGAGGGGAACCCUGCAGUCGCUCAUCAAGUGCUAAAUCAAAUCAAGCAACACUUGACGGAGGAUGGUCUUCCUCUCACGUAUUUCGAUCCCCGAAGACCCCGACUAGAUGCUGGCGUUUGUGCAUGCGUCGCUACCUUCUUCUAUGCCUACGGCCGUGGCGGAGAAGUCCCUCAGAUGGUGCAAUGGCUCCAUGACAUUCUCGUCAACCGCGCUUUCAUCAACGGCACAUAUUAUUACAUCCAUCCAGAAUACUUCCUCUACGCCAUCGUCCGAUUCCUCGAGAAGGCUACGGACAGCUCCAUUCACUCCCGCUUCAUCCCCGUCCUCAGGCAGUGCGUCCAAGAGAGAAUUGGUGUUCCUGGCGACGCCCUCUCCAUCGCUAUGCGCAUCGUGGUCUGCAAUUACGUUGGCAUCCGCAACGAUGUCGACAUGGAGAAGCUACUCCAACUCCAAUGCGAGGACGGAGGCUGGGAGAUGAGCUGGGUCUACCGCCUCCCUAGCAGGGGCUUCAUGGUCGGAAACCGGGGCCUGGCUACUGCCGUCGCAGUCAAGGCUAUCCAGGGGUUCCCUCCCGCGAGUUCAUCCCCCAAGGUGUUGCAAGCCAUGGCACUUGCCAAGCGCCUGCCUCCCUUUAGGACUCAUUUCUUCGUCCUUCUGCUUAUCGCAGUGAUUUGUGCCCUCACUCUAUCCCUUUCUCGCCUCUACCAGUUCAACUGA